AGAAAGAGAAAACCUUGAAUGAAUGAAUUGGGCCCGGGAAUCGGGACUUUAUAUCAUAAAAAAUGCCUGUUUGUCGUUAUUUUCAACAAGGAAACUGUCGAUUUGGUGAUAGAUGUCGAUAUGAGCAUCCUAGAAAUCAGUCAGGGUUUGGCAACCAAGGCAGUUUCAGAGGUGGCGGAGGAGGAGGAGGAGGGGGAGGAUCCCAGUCACAGUAUAAAUGGAGCAGCUCAAACUAUGGUACCCAGCAACACUAUGGUACCCAGCAACACUAUGGUAGCCAGCAACAGAGGGGUCAAGGAUCAAGGGAUCUCUUUUCAGGAGGAGGAGGUGGAGAUGGAUCGUGGGGGAACAGAGGGAGCCAUGGUCAGGGAGGCUACCAAGGAGGAGGCAGGGGAUCUUGGGCUGGAGGUGGAUCAAACCGUGAUGGGGGGUUUAGGGGAGGAGGAGGGGGAAAACAAGUGAAUUUUAAAGAUUCAUUCAACACUUUCCAGGGAAAUAAGUUCGGAGCGCUUGCUGACCAAGGCUCAAGGGACGAUAGGAGCAACCAGGCACAUGGUAACACACAAGAUGUCUCUGCCCAGGAGAUUAUGGAUGGUAUUCUCUAUGACAUGGAGGAAUGGGAGAGUGGGAAGAUGUGGCCUUUUAGCUGUUACGGACCUAACAAAUCAAAAUCUUGCUUGGCAGGUCUGGAGGAUUUAUCCCAGGAGGAGCUUCGAUUCUUAGCGUACACCGCAGAGAAAGCUAAGCAGUUUGACCAAUAUAGGGCAGCCUGUACUACAGCUAUGGAUGCAGUGAAGAAUAAAAGGAACCAGCUUAAGAAGCCUUCCCAGUCCAUGAAGAACCAAUUGGUGGACAUAUACAAAGGAGCAUCAGAUAAGAAUCCAUUUGCAGAAGCCAACUCAACUAAUAUUUUUGGUAACAGUGUCCCGUCCCUAACUGACAUCUUUGGUGCCAACCUUGCCAACAUCAAAGUGGCGUCAGAUUCCAGCACAAGUACAGGAACAAUGUUUGGGAAGCAACCAUCAACAGGUUCAUCUCUUCUAGGUGUCUCACCUGGGGCAGCAGAAAGCGCACCUGCUGCGCCAAGUAGCUCUUCACUCUUUAACAGAACUCAAGGUCCCACCCAACCUGUCUUUGGUGGUGCAGUUGGGAAAUCAGAUACACCAGCCCCUGCCUUUGGAUCAGCGCCGUCCAGUAGUGCUUCUUCCGCUUCAUCGGUCUUCGGAUCGGGGUCACAGACCUCUGUAGGAUCCGGUACAGGUUUGUUUGGUAAAGGACCAUCGACUCCAACGGUAGAUCCCCAGCAACAGAAGGCAGAGUCUAGGACUUACACCCCAAUGGCAUCAUUGACUCCUGAAGAGAAGGAACAGUUUGAAGCACCGAUAUUCACUUUAGGGAAAGUACCUACAAGGCCACCGCCCAUUGAAUUGGUGAGAUGACACAGCUGACCAAUGAGAACAAUGCACUGUAAGACAGAAUGGAAGAAAAGGAAUAAUUCGAUGCUGACAGUCAACAAGACAGAGAUAUGGGAACAGACGGUCAGGAUACACCUGAAUUUAGAAAUGGAAAUCAGAAUAUUAUUCUUUAUUCCAAAUUUGGCAUUUUAAUUAUCGUCAUUUGUGUCAAUAUUUGUUUCCUAGGGUAGACACUACUUACGAUAAGCUUUACUAUUGGGUCCUUCAUAUUGUACCCUCCUUCAGUCUAAUUUGCUAGUCACCUAGUUAGAAGGCAGUGGGUCACAUUUUCUUACCUGUAAUUCUUUGGUAUGCUUCAACAAGGACUUGAACCCAUGGUCUUCCAAUACAGAUGCUCUCUGGGGAUGUGCACCUGAAAGAGGUAUUUGUAUCUACAGAGCCUUGGGUGAACUCUUUCAAACACAGACUAGACCAGCACAAAAGGGAUAGCAGAGUCCUUGUACAGACUUUUUACCCGGUGGAAGGAAGUUUCCAACUUGACAAUCAAUUCUGCUCCUUGCAUACACACCACUUCCCUAUUUUAUAUUCAUAUUGCAUGAAGAAUAUUUCAUUACUCCAUGUGUUAUGUGUGAGUAUCAAUUAAUCUUAAAAACAAGACAAGCCCGUUUUUGGUAGAUCAUAGCGGGAGUGGUGGGGUUCACUGCAUGAUCGUGUCUGUGUCAUCAUCCAUACAAAGCCAUUCUAAAAACUAUUUUGGUUUGACAUGCAGGUGUGACACCAAACAUAUCUUCAGAGCUACCUGGGCAUGGCAAAUUUGGUCUUGGAAGUUGUGUGAUAUUUUAAAGUAAAACAGAUAUGAAAGUUUGCAGCAACAUCUCAUUUGCAUUUUUCGACUUAAUGCAUGAAGUGUAACAGGCAUUCUGGGCCUUGUCAAGGUGAUAGGAAAACACAGUAUUAAAACAUCGUAGGACAUGUAUUAAUUGGAUAAUAUCUUUAUUCUGAAGUCGGGUCUAAUUCAAAGUCUGGCCUUAAGUUGUAGUUUAACUAUGAAUGGCCAAAAGGGAAAUAAUCUCUAAUGGUACAGGUUCAGUUUAUCUGCUAAUUUGACUCUCAAAUUGUUUCUGUCAAUAGUAGAUAAAUAAGUUUUCUUCAUCAAAGCAUAGUAAACAUUAGAAAUAUGCAAUGUAAACAAAUUUUUGACAUAUCUGCUUCCUAUAAGUUUAGCCCAGAAUUAAACCAUGGCUUAUAAAAUUUUACAGACUUCAGAAAAUGGGCCAUAGUGGUUACUCUUUUGCUGGUGAUAUCAAAAUGUGAUUAUUCUUAUCUGGGUACCGUAACACAAAGAAUAGCGAUCGAUCGUACGGUUGAUUUUCACGAUGGAUUGUACAUUGUAGUCGAUGGAAUCAAUCAUAGAAAAAUGUUCUACAAUCAUUGCUAAGUUUUGUGUUACGGACCCCUGUUUUUAUUGCAGUUGUAGAUCACAACAAUGUAUAUCAAAACUGACAGGGUUGAGGUCAAGUAUGAGGUGUCAGCCAUGAUAAUUGGGAGAUUAUGCAUGUAGGUCUAACAUCUCAUUUGUGUCAUCUAAACAAAUGAAUGAAGAGAUUAUUUCUUGUUUUUAUAUUUUUGUCCCCAACACAAGCUUUUUUUAAUUGUUUUUCUUUUUCUUUAUUUUGGGUGUGAAUGAAAAUUAUUAAAGGGGUACUCCAGGCGGAAAAUUAUAGAACUCUUUUACCGAAAAAAUGCAAAAACUUUAUUACUUGUCCGGUUAUGAUGAAAUUUUCACUGUUUUUUUUGUCAGAUUUUACAAAUUGAAACACAUGAUUUUCAGGCUGGGGUACCCCGUUAGAAUUCAUGGUAAAUGGGAAAUUAAAGGGUUUACUUGUCAAUCAUGUUACAAUGAUAAUGAAAGAUGACAUCACUUUCUAUAAAGUUUGCCUUUUUAUAUUUGGUAUGGUUAAAACAGUUGAAUUAAUGUGACUAAAAACAGAGAUUGAAUGAAUUCAUUAUAUAUGUUUAUGAUGAUGAUUUUAAUGAUUAUGAAAAAAAACAGGUGAUCAAAGAGAUCAGGAAUAUAAUGAUGUAAAUCGCAAACUGAAUUGGACUGUUCAGGAAUGUGUAGAUUCAGACUCUGUCCAUCUUACAAAGAGUUGUGAUUGAUUCCAUCAAAGUCAAUUUGCAACUGAUUUAAUUUUGUGUAAUUAAGAUCAAUAACAAUUUGAGUUUGAUUUUAAUCUUGUGGAGCGUUGGGGCCCAGUGGAUUAGUCUUCUGACUUUGAAACAGAGGGUCAUGGGAUUGAAUACCAGCCGUGGCGUAAUUUCCUUUUCCAUCCCAGGUGAAGCAAAUGGGUACUUGGCAGGAAUUUAUUCCUUGAAAUGCUUUCACACUUUAUAAAGGUUGCAGGGCUAAAGCCAAGGUAUUAAUAUCCGACUGCCCUGGGAACAAUUUUUUUAACCUGGGGUGCUGAUGUAAAAUUUGAAAAAGCUCCCCCCCCCAAAAAAAAAAAAAGGUUUUCACUACAAAAUUAUUUAAUUAUGCUGCAUAUACUGUAGAGCGCUUAGAGACUUCUGACAAAGUAAGUUUAGGCGCUAUAUAAGCAAGUAUAAUUAUUAUGAUUAUUACAAAAUGGUGAUCAAACAGGUCCAGAGAGAUUUGAAACGCCAAAAAAAAGAAGAAGUAAAAGAAAAGGUUUUCACUACAGAAUGAAGGUAAUUUUAGUUACAUUUUCCAAUUAUUUACAUCCCGCUUCUCAGGGCCAUGCCUUUGGAAGCACAUAGGGACAUAAUGUGUGUACGCUAUACAAGAACUGCAUCAUUGUUAUCUUUUUAACAACUCUUUUUGAGACAAAGAUUUAAAGCUGACAAAAAGUCAUGCUUUGAUGCCAAUGUGCAUAUUACUAGCAGGUUAUAUAUUAAAUAUGCAAUCUCAUUAAUGAAUAGGUUUGAAUGGGUUUCUAAUUCAGUAACAAUUUUCAGAUGUGCGAAUGUGGAGAUCAGCUACCGUAUACAAAUGAGAAUUUGUCCAUUUUUCUUAUAAAUGUGUGUGAAUUACCUUGAAAUGCUGAUGAUACAACAUUUACUCCUGUGAAAUCUGCUACUGUCUUCAUAUCUCAGAGGGCACACAUGUAUGGUUAGAGUUAGGAUUGUAAUAGAACUGUUGGUUCAGAAUAAUGCAAAGAUAAGGAUGAGGGUCUUUUAUAUAGUGUUGGAGCUAAGAUUUUAUGUUUGGCUAAACAUGCAAAUUUUCUAUUGUAGGAAUAGUCUCCAGAGCAAAAGCUGUCAUGGAAGCGAAAUGUUGCAAUUUCACAUCAUUUCUUCAAUAGCUGAAAGAAUGUUCACCGAAUAUCUAUAUUUUCAAUAGAUGUACCGUGA